AUGAACACUAAAGCGCUGCGUAUUACUGUAUUUGGAGCCACAGGCAACCAGGGAGGAUCGGUGGCUCGGUCUUUGCUUCAAAAUCCCACAUUUCAGGUCCGAGGCAUCACCCGCGACCCCGAAUCGGAUGCCAGUGAUAAGCUUGCUACAGAGGGCGCCGAGGUCGUUCAAGCAAAUGGGUUUGACUAUGACCAAAUGGUAGCAGCAUUUCAAGACUCAUGGGGCGCCUUUGUGAACAUCAAUUCCGAUGACAAGGUUUUUAAAGAAGCGGAUGGUCCAAACGAAUUUGAUAUGGGAAAGAUAAUCGUUGAUGCCGCUGUGGAAGCAGGUGUACAAUGUUUCGUAUUCAGUUCGGGACCACCAUGUACCGAGAUGACGAACGGCGAAGUCCAAAUGAAAGCCAUGGACAUGAAACACAAGAUCGAACAAUAUGCCAGAAAGCUAGAAGCCUUUCAGACAGUCAUUCCAAUCGGAGCCGGCUGGUUCCUGGAAAACUUCCUCGCCAAGGAGGUUGCCCCUGUGUUUGGAGGUUUCCCUCACAUUCCAGACACUGAAGGGUAUUUGAAUUUCCGUGUUCCUUUCUGGGGCGGAGAGGAAAAUGUCCCCUGGCUGAGCAUCUCCGAUGACUUUGGCGAUAUUGUUCACGGAGUCUUUCUAGAUCCUAUUCGAUGGAAUGGGCAUUUUGUGCAUGGUGUCAGCGAUAUUCGAACAUUUGAGGAUAUUGUGAUGGAUUUUGCAACGGCCACUAAUCUCAAGGCAAGAUUUGAUCCUAUCUUGCCAGAUUGGAAGGCUUUUGAUACCCACGGCAUCCACGAGUUGGAAGAUGUUAAACUCAUGUUUGGAUUUACUCAGAUCACUGGUGGAAGGUACUUUGCGGAGCCCACUGAGAACACCACAGCUGCCGUUUUGAAGCGUGCAGUCGCAGAGGCUUUGGGAUGGCCAGAAGAAAGGAAAUAUUUGGUGACGGCCAGCCAAUGGUUCGCGGCUCGGUUUUGA